UGCACCCUGCCGCUCUUCCAUGCGUGAGGGCCCCUCGCGGCGUCUCCCGGGCUCGGGAGCCCCUGGCCCGCCUCCCGCCCGGCCAGCGGCCGCCUCUUCCUUUUGCAGCACCGCGGCGCUUGCCGCAGUCGCAGGCGGCGAAGCAGCCCGAUCGCCCCAGGUACCAGUGAGGGCGGGAGGCGGAGGCGACCCUGCGGCCGGGUGGGGAGGGGGGCGCCGCGCGGCUGCUGCCCUCCUCUGCCCGCGAGGCCUGGCGGCCCCAGCGAACCCGCGUGCUGCACUGGCCGUGUGCGCCAGAUCCCGGUGCGCCAGAUCCUGAGACCUGCCUUUCCCCGGGGGUCUUUGCUCCCGCCCCUAGGCCGCCACCCUGCGUACCCGCCCUGGCGCCCAAACGCCCACCAACCGCGGGGAGCCUGCUCCUGCCCGAGAGCGCUCAUUCAACCCCAGCUCUCACCUCCCAAGCUCUGCCCCUGGCCGGACUCCCCUCCCCUAUCUUGCCGCCAGCCCCCUUCAGGAGGCUCUGCUCCCACCCCACGGCGCCCAGGCUUCCUCCUGCCUCUUCCUUUAGGGGCCUCGGCUCAUCGGGUGCCCCUCCCCAAACUUCCAACUAGUUUGCUCCAGGUGUCCCUGCCCUACCCCCGAGGGCGCCCCAAUAGUCACUCUGCGCCCUGCUGUGGUCGCUGCCCGCUGACCUAGCGGGACCCAGCGCCUCCGCCCACGUCCCCAGACCCACCUCCCCCGGGGGGCGUGGUGAGUCGUGGUCUGUUCUCACUGACAGUGCCUGUCCCGUCUGUGCUUCGCCGCGCCCCGCGCCUGCCUUCCCGCCACCCGAUCACGCCCUCGCCCUCGACCCCCGGUCCCCAUGGUCCCAGAGCCGGGCCCCACCGCCAACAGCACCCCGGCCUGGGACGCAGGGCUGCCGUCUGCCCCGGGGGGUAGCGGCUGGGUGGCGGCCGCGCUGUGCGUGGUCAUCGCGCUGACGGCGGCGGCCAACUCGCUGCUGAUCGCGCUCAUCUGCACUCAGCCCGCGCUGCGCAACACGUCCAACUUCUUCCUGGUGUCGCUCUUCACGUCCGACCUGAUGGUGGGGCUGGUGGUGAUGCCGCCCGCCAUGCUGAACGCGCUGUACGGGCGCUGGGUGCUGGCGCGCGGCCUCUGCUUGCUCUGGACCGCCUUCGACGUGAUGUGCUGCAGCGCCUCCAUCCUCAACCUCUGCCUCAUCAGCCUGGACCGCUACCUGCUCAUCCUCUCGCCGCUGCGCUACAAGCUGCGCAUGACGCCCCCGCGCGCCCUGGCGCUCGUCCUGGGCGCCUGGAGCCUCGCCGCGCUCGCCUCCUUCUUGCCCCUGCUGCUGGGCUGGCAUGAGCUGGGACACGCGCGGCCACCCGUCCCGGGCCAGUGCCGUCUGCUGGCCAGCCUGCCCUUCGUCCUCGUGGCGUCGGGCCUCACCUUCUUCCUGCCCUCGGGUGCCAUAUGCUUCACCUACUGCAGGAUCUUGCUGGCUGCCCGCAAGCAGGCCGUGCAGGUGGCCUCCCUCACCACCGGCAUGGCCAGCCAGGCCUCGGAGACGCUGCAGGUGCCCAGGACCCCACGCCCAGGGGUGGAGUCGGCUGACAGCAGGCGCCUGGCCACCAAACACAGCAGGAAGGCCCUGAAGGCCAGCCUGACGCUGGGCAUCCUGCUGGGCAUGUUCUUUGUGACCUGGCUGCCCUUCUUUGUGGCCAACAUAGUCCAGGCCGUGUGCGACUGCAUCUCUCCAGGCCUCUUCGAUGUCCUCACGUGGCUGGGUUACUGUAACAGCACCAUGAACCCCAUCAUCUACCCUCUCUUCAUGCGGGACUUCAAGCGGGCACUGGGCAGGUUCCUGCCGUGUCCACGCUGUCCCCGGGAGCGCCAGGCCAGCCUGGCCUCACCGUCACUGCGCACCUCUCACAGUGGCCCCCGGCCCGGCCUGAGCCUACAGCAGGUGCUGCCGCUGCCCCUGCCGCCUGACUCAGACUCAGACUCAGAUGCAGGCUCAGGUGGCUCCUCAGGCCUGCAGCUCACAGCCCAGCUACUGCUUCCUGGUGAAGCCACCCGGGACGCCCUGCUGCCCACCAGGACCACUGCUGCCAACAACUUCUUCAACAUCAACCCUGUGGAGCCCGAGCUGCGGCUGCAUCCACUCGGCACCCCCACGAACUGACCCGGGCUUGGGACUGGCCAGUGGGGAGCUGGAUUGAGCAGAACCCAGACUCCGAGGCCUUGGGCCAGCUCUUGGUUAAGACCAGGAGGCUGCAGGUUUCCUAGGAGCCUUCUGAGCUCCAGCAGGGGGUGCACCGAGCCAGCCCUUGGGGCCCACUCCAGGCCCCGCACAUUCAGGGAUCAGAGCUGACUCAUACUGUGUUCUGAAAGAUGAUCCACUCUUGGGUGAAACGUGUGUGUGGAGGAUGCGCUGGGGGACUCUGGAUGUUAGGGAGAAGGACCUCUUGGUUCAGGGUAAGAUGAAAACAAUCAUGCCCUUUGCCCAUUCUGUCAGGCUGGAUGGGAAGGAAUGCCCCCACCUGCAGGCAGGGAUUAGUGCUAGGCUGAACCCCUCGCUACUCACAGCAUAGUCUAUGGACAAUCAGCAUUGCCAUCACCUUUUGGGAGUUUGUGAAAAAUGCACAUCUCUGCCCCUGCCCAGACCUGCUGAGUCAGAACUGCAUGUUACUAGGAUCCCAGAUGAAUCACGUGCCCAUUACAGUUGGAGAUGGUCUAGCUUAAUCUUCAACCCUGAGAAUGAUUUGCUGGACAGUUUUUGAACCUGCCAGUCCCCACACCCUGGGAUAUAUGUGGCAGCAGCUGCAUCUGGGAGGUAGGCAGGCAUCUAUUUGGGCCUCUGCCACCUCUGCUCUGGGGCCUGACACAGGUUACUUCGCCUCUCCGAGUCUCAGUUAUCCCAUAUGUAAGACAGAGUCAUGAUGUCUACCUUGCAGGGUUGUCUUGAGAAUUAAGACAAUGUGUGCCCAGCACCCAGUACAUGGUCAGUUAAGUGGUACGUUCUGUUGUUAUGACCCCUGGCUAUCCAGGCCCCUGGCCUCUCUGGCUGUGGGUCGGGGUAGGGGGGCGCUGUUUGUUCCCAUUUUUCUUUUUCCAUUUUCCUCCCCCUCUUCAGCUCCGGCCCAGGCUCCCACAGCCUGACUCUGGUUUCCCAACUCCCUGUUUUGUCUGCUGGGUAGGGACCCCAUCUCUCAGGGACCCUCCCAGCUCCCAAGCUGCUGCUUUACCUCUCCUGGGGGCAAAAGGGGCAGGUGGCAGUUUCUUUUGCAGCCUCAGGGACUGGUUUUCCUUGAUCCUGGGGGGGGGGGGGGUCCUUGGACCUAGAAGGGGACAACUGAUGGGAAUAAACCCAGCCCCUCGCCCCACCUCCCUUGGCCUUCCCUGGGGUCAGCGAGAGAAAUGGGAGUGGUGGCUACUUGGGUCAGCAGAGCAGAGUCGAAGAAGAGCUGUCCCUGGUGUGGGGUGGGGGCCACAAGGCAGGCAGGUAGACUCUGGCACAGGGGCCUUGUUUUCUGGGGGCAGGGAGUUUGGGAACUCUUGAUCUCCACAGUUUACCUGCCAUAGGUUCCUUUUCAGCUCUGCCUCCCCAAGUUUUGCCAACACAAACUCCCAGGGGGUCCUCCAUGGCUGGCCUGGCGCUCUCCAUGGUGCUGAUGAGACACAACUCUGGCCCUGGCCGCAGGCCACAGAGGGGCCACGGUGCUUGUGGGGCUUCCCCUGUUCCCCAGACCUGCCCAAGGGGACUCUCAAUAAAGUCUAGCUGAAGGC